AUGUCCGGAUACGAUCAAUACAACCAGGGCGGCUACGGUGGCCAGCAAGGCUACGGUGGCCAACAGGGUUACGGUGGUCAGCAGGGCUAUGGUCAACAGCCAGGCUACGGCCAGCAGCAGGGAUACCCUCCUCAGCAGGGCUACCCUCAGCAGGGUGCCUCUGACUACUACGGCGGCCAGCAGCACCAGCAGCACCAGCAGGGUGGCUACGGCGGCCAGCAAUACGGCCAACAGCAGGGUGGCUCAUCCGACUACUACGGUGGUGGCCAGUCCCACGAGCAGUACGGUCAACAUGACCAGAACCGCCAAGGUGGUUACGAACAGCAGCAGCAGCACGGUGGCCCCGAGGCCCAGGAGGGUGAGCGUGGUCUCGCUGGUGCGCUCGCCGGUGGUGCUGCCGGUGGUUUCGCCGGCCACAAGGCCAACCACGGCUUCCUCGGAACAAUCGGUGGAGCCAUCAUUGGUAGCAUUGCCGAAGAUGCCGUCAAGAAGCACCGCAACUCCAGCUCUCCCCAGCCUCCCCAGGGCCAGUACGGCAGCCAAUACGGUGGUCCUCCUCCCUCCCAAGGCAGCAGCGGCGGUUCCAUGAUGGACCAGCUCGGUGGUUUCUUCAAGAAGUAG